AUGUGUAGUAGAACGCGAUUCUGGGCUGCUAGCUUUGGCACAAGGAAGGGAGCAAGGCGCUUGGAAGCAGGAAUGGGAGGCAAGGGAUGGUGGGUUGAACUCACUAUUGCCUCUAGGCCAAGGCCACCACUUUUCCACUUUGUCGCCCCUGUCUUCGGACUCCGUCCCCUCCGGGGGGCGGGGAACGAUGAAGACCGGAGUGGAUGGCUGGUGGCCUUGGCCAGAGUUGCGUUAGGUCAACUUCAUCGUUUCUUGGGCACCAUUGCAUUUAAAGGUGGAGAUACCUCACCUGGAAUGAUGCACCGCGUUGAGGAGUUACCUUUGUUCACUGAGAAUGGCAAGGAUAGCUUUGAAUGGAAUAUCGUGGAGGGGAAGUCGGUGCAAUUGAUACGAGGGGAUUUUUGUGCUCGCUCCAGUGGGCGAAGUCGAUAA